GCAACUGUGUUAGAUAAUUUGGAAGGGAAGAUAGUUGGUGGGAAACCGGUGAAAAUGGAAAGUUUUCCGUUUGCUGUUAAGUUUUUUAAUCAGGGUGCGAUGUGUUCGGGUACCAUACUUAAUAGUUGGAGUAUUCUGACAGCAGCUCAUUGCUUUGACCACAGCAAAGAUAUCGAUGAAAUGUUAAUUGUCGUCGGUUCUCGUUACGCCUACGACCACACUGCGGCAACGUACGAUGUAUUACGGUACCUCAUUCACGAAGACUACAAUAAAGUUAUGCCAUUUGCUUGCGACAUCGCGCUAAUAUUUGUAACAAGUCCAAUUAGUUUCGGCAAAAGAUCUGAGAAAGGCCUACUUGUUAAUACAAGCGAGUGGAUGAAUGCUAAUGAAACUCACUUAAUUGCAACGGGAUGGGGAACGACUAAGUAUGGCGGCCCGAUUUCCGAGCUAGGGCUGAUGCAGACAGAGCUACGGUACGUGCCCAAGGAGGAUUGUGAAAGAAUGCAUAAAAUGAAAUUCACUGCAGACAUGUUUUGUUUGUAUGGAGAGGGGAAUAGAGACACUUGCAAGGGAGAUUCAGGGGGCGGUGUACUUUGGCGCCGGAUGGUGAUUGGGAUUGUCUCACAUGGUGAUGGAUGUGCCAAGAAGGACAAACCAAGUUUGUAUUCCAACGUGUGGUUCUUCAGAAAGUGGAUACAGAAGAAUGUAGAAAAUUUUGUAAAUAACUUUUGUUUUAAUAAACAAACGAUUUAA